AUGGUUAUAUUUAACGUCAUCGACUUUGGAGCUAUCGGAGAUGGAGCUAAUGAUGAUUCUCAGAGCUUUAUGCAGGCAUGGGAUGCUGCUUGCGAUUCCUCAGCUUCGUCACCAACGAUUGAUGGCAAAAUCAUAGCUCCAAGCAAACCUUCAGCAUGGCAAUGCAGACCAGAUUGUGAGCAUUGGAUUAGCUUCAAAAGAUUUGAUGGUCUCUCCAUUCAAGGAUCUGGUAUCAUCAAUGGCCAGGGUUCUAAAUGGUGGACAAUUUCUUGCAAAAAUAAGAAUAAAAACUGUCCAAGUCGAAAACCCACAUGUUUGGUGAUAGCAGACUCCAACAAUGUAAAAAAUAAUGGAUUAACCUUUGAAGACAGUCCACAAAAGCACAUUGCAUUGGAAAGGUCUACUUCGGUUCAUGCUACUAAGCUUACUAUCAUAGCCCCCAAGACAAGUCCCAACACCGAUGGCAUUCAUAUUCAACAUUCCACCAAUGUUUUUAUUCACAACUCCAACAUUCAAACCGGUGUUGAUUGUAUCUCUAUCGGAAAUGGUUCUAAAUAUAUUAACAUUACCAAAAUCGAAUGCGGUCCUCGUCAUGGAAUUAGCAUUGGAAGUCUUGGGAUUAACAGAAAAACCGAGAAAGUUGAAUAUGUUAAUUUCUAA